AUGCCCUACAACAAGUACGGAGAGAAGAUGCGACAUCGUUUUGACCCGUCUGAAGACAUUUGUUACUCUUCCAUUCCCCGUCCUGAACUCGUUUUCUACAAUCCCGACACGAAAUUCUCUCAACUGCGCAUGAAGAUCAUGUCCAAGCCAAACCCUAUUCCGGACGAUGCGAGUCUAGUAGUCUUCAUUGACGGCGCGUGUCGCAACAACGGCCGACCGACAGCGCGGGCUUCAUACGGCGUCUACUUCGGUCCUGACUCUCCUUUCAACACAUGGGGUCUACUUGACGAGUCUCAACCUCAAACGAGCACGCGUGCAGAGAUCGAAGCUUUGAUUCAAGCGCUUCUCAGCAUUUGUGUAAUCAUGCACUUUGAUCGGACACUCUGUCGCAUCAGAAUUGCGACCGACUCAAGCUUCUUAGUCAAAGCUCUGAGCCAGUGGAUGGAGGGCUGGAUGGAGCGUGGCGGGGUCGGCUCCAAUGGUAGUCAAGUCGCGCACUUCAAGAUCAUGAAACAGUUGUACGAUGAGCUGAAUAGCUGGGAAGAUAAAGACGAAUGGGGUGUUAGAGAGAUACAGCUCUGGCAUGUACCAAGGGAAAUGAACCGAGAAGCAGAUGCAUUAGCGAACAAGGCUCUCGAUGAAGCAUGA